AUGUCUCCGGCGGAAAAUGGUGGCUGGGCGGAUAACAAUGCUCUCGACGAGGAAUGCGAAUACAAUUGUAUAGAGCCGUUCGCUGGCGAGAGCUCUUUGGUGAUGCCGGUAUCGCAGUUGAUGCACCGGGAAUGCCGGAAGGUGCUCGAGAAGCUGGCCAGCGUUGCUCAGCGUGCUUGUUCACUGACACGGGCGAAAAUACAGCCGGACAAGACAAAAAGCAAAAGAUGCGUGCCCGAUUUCUCGGAUAUUGCUCACCUGGCAAUUUCAUUCCAGGGCAUUUGUCUUCCUGGUGAGCAGAUGAAUCUCGUGAAGGAGGCACUGGAGCGCUGGUCAUGCAAGACGCACUCGACACCGGGCGAAAUGGCGCAUUUGUACAUCAGGGACAGAUAUCCGAACAUGCGCUUGCUAUUCGACAAAUACAGCCAGUUGACCAGCAUAUACCGGGACACCGUUACAAAUAUCAUUGAAAUGGUUGUCGAAUCUGCUGAUUCACUCGGAUGCUUCAACCGAAGCUAUUGGCGCAAAGUGUGUGAGGCGCUGUGCGAAUUGCCCCAUCAAUUCCCGAGGAUGAGGAGGCGAAGCGAAGUGACGCUCGCUUGGCGCAUCAUUAUUUUAUUCCUCUUCUGCAAAAUUGAGUAUGCUAUGGAAUUGCGACAUCGAUGUGUGCAAGCUUUUCAUUCAUACGACAAUCCAUGUUACAUAUACUGA